AUGGUCGCGGACACUGCGAAGCCGCCCAAGAUGGACAUCGCGGCAUGGACGUCUGUGGAACACCCGCCCAAGGCGGACAAGCUCGUGAAGGCUCCCAAGAUGGACACGUUGGACAUCUGGAAACGCGACAAGCGUGUUCCUAAACAAAUGCUCACGGAACGUUGA